CAAAUAAGCUUUAAUUUAUUGUUACUACAGUUGAUAAAUAUGUAACGUUAUAUGAUGAUUUUGACUAAGUUAACUGUUUAAUGGGUGUGUUUCGUCACAUGUACAUACAACCACGCAUCUUUCAUUGGGCGGAUUGCAUAAAGUUACUGACACGUUAGAGUGAUCAAAGAAGCAUGGAUCAAUGAAAAAUGAAGAGCUUGAUAUUUUAAAAGCGCCAUUAGCCGCGAAACAGAACUGAAAUUGUUAAUCGCACAACGGCUUUAGUUGUGCUCGCGCCCCCGAGGCACGCGCAUGAGACCCGCGCGUCAGCAUUGUCUUCUGCCGUUUAAAUAGUAAAAUAUAUACAAAAAUAUGUCGAAAGUUUCCGUCUUAACGAGCUUUAACUUAACACAGUGACUUAUUACUUAAGAGAAUGUAAACUUUUGGGAGUAAAUUAGAUUUAAGUUAAUACACUGAAAAAAGUGCACAAGGCAUGUAUUUACUCUAAAGAAGUCGAAGUCGUUAUACUUGAUCUAACUCAAAACAUUUAAUUUUCUGUCUAGCCAUCAGUGUUAUGUAAAAAGUUUGGUUGAUUUAAAUUAAAAGUAAGUCUUGUUAGUGUAAAGUAUACAUUUCUGUAAAUUAAAUUAAAAAUAUUGGUUCCCAUUGUCACAUGACUUCGAAUGUCAUCCGUGGUCGUGCGUAAGGACGUUCAGUUUAUCGCCAUCUUGUUACACCGCAUGGAUGAACUCGGCGUGGUAAAACGGGAAUCAAGAAAAUUGGAUGGUGUACUGCUGUACAACAAUUAGGACAGGUUUUGAAUAAUCCAGUCACAUGAAAAACAAUCUGUUAUCAUGUCAGGAAGAAGAUCUGCCAAGCUUUUGGUGAUUGUGAGUCAAGAUGAUUCAAGAAAGUUGCUUCUGCCAGAUGGGAUUCCCGAAUCAGUGGAUGAGCUCAUUGAAAAAGUGAGGGAAGCUUUUGGAUUAAAUGGUAGAUUAAGACUACAGUAUCAGGACAAAGAUUUUGGGGAUGUAUUUGUAAAUUUGACGAACACUGGAGAACUUCAGAGUCUUGGCACUCUAAAGAUUAUUCCGUUGCCAGACGAAGACUCAUUCACUGCUCAAACAAAUGAUGGGACCCAGUCUAAUGAUGAUGCUCUGUCCUCCGUUGGCUCUGGCGACACUGAUGAUACAAUCAUCCUCUCACCCCCUGGCUCAGAAACAGUUUCUACAAGACAUCAACAGUGGCCAAAAGAAUUUAAUAUUCCACGCUUUUCUUAUGACACUGAACUCCAAUUAGAGAGAGGAAAUGCUAUUUUUAAGGCUAACGGAACAAGGCUGGCUGUCACUCCAAAGAUGAAGUCUGAUAUUCUGGAGAAGGUUUGUGAUGAGAUAUACAAGUAUAAAUCUUAUCCCAGCAGUGCACACUUCUGUGAAGUUUCAGAGGCACUUAUCAAGAAACACCCUUGCUUAGCAGAAAAAGGAUCCUUCAAUGGGUGCUAUGGGUGGACACAGAGACUUAAAAUGAAGAUGGGAAACCUACGCACACAGUUGAAAGGUCUUGGAUGCCCUGAAUAUUUGGUAAAUUCUCUGAAAACCAAAGCCUCAGACCAUGCUUUUCCAGCAAAAAAUGUUAAACGACCUAAACGUGGUGAGGCCAAUCAUAUCCCAUCCCUACCUGCUGGAGAGACAUCAGCAAACCUUGAAAUUGAGCGCCUGGCACUUUUAAAGGAAGUGAAGAAAAGACAAUGCAUUGACAAUCAGAGAAAAAUGACCAAGACGUUUGCCUUACGCAGACAAGAGAUUGUGGAAAACCAACCUAGUGUUCAAGAACUGCAAGAAAGAUGGCCAGCUCUGUUUCAACAAGAGGAGAUUAAUGCUGAAUUUUUGCGCAUCACGACCUUACCUUUACAAUCGAGAUUUAUGGCCUCUUUGGACAGACAGAGCUCUCAGCUUCUCCAGGUUAUUAGGAGCAAAGGUGGAGUCCUCCGUGAAAAAACUAAGGACACUAUUAAAGUUAUGGAUCAGAGUUUGGACAUAGACAUCAGAAGAGAGGGCCUGCUGAAGUGCCUGAUCACGUACCUUGGUGAAGAUGCAAGCUGUCUGAUCAAAGAAUACCAGGCUGACCAGAGGGAGGAAGCGGAGAGAGAAUUUGAAAAGACCACCAUGGCAUUUUUUGUGAUCCGUGAAACUGAUGCUCUUAGUCAUGCACUGGACAUUUCCAUUGUCAUUGACGGUGUGGAAGUACUAAAUGAGUUGCCCUCUGUUGCAUGUGCCUGUGCCAUGAUGUUUGGACUCAUUUAUGCACUGAACUUAAAAUAUCCUGAAGGACUCAAAUACACCUUUGAGGCCUUUCAAAAAAUAAUCAUGGACAUAGAGAGUAAGCAGAUGAGCCGAAGGGUGCAGAACCUCUCUUCAAAGCUGCAGGAGUAAAUUUGUUUCCUUUGACCCAGCUACAAUGUUCUGCUGAUGGUAAAUUUCUUUGAAGAUGUUGGACUGUAUAAAGGCUUUUAUACAAAGUUAACUGCACUACUGUUUACUAAACCUGAUUCGUUUUAUCUUGGUUAAGUUGUUUUUUAUCUAGGGUAAGUUAAAUAUUUUACUCAAAAAUGAAAAUUCUUAUGUUGUUUACUCAUCCUUAAGCUAUUCAAGUAUUUAGCUUUAAAUUUGUGUCAGAGACAUUAUGACAAUUAUGAGAGAAGUUUCAUUUUUGGGUAAACUAUUCAAUGAAGGUGAAAAGAUUUUUAUUUUAUUUUUUUCUUUCUACCAUUGGUAUGUGGUAGGUGUUUUAUUAAAAGUGUUUUGUUUUACACUGCCCAUUUUAAAGCAGUAUUUGGGCCAAACUUGUUUUAACUUCAGAAGAAUUCUAAAGGUUUGAUUGUGUAGUCAGUUCUGAUUGACUGUUCAUGGAAAGAUUACAGAAUUCUAAAGGUUUGAUUGUGCAGUCAGUUCUGAUUGACUGUUCAUGGAAAGAUUACAGAAUUCUAAAGGUUUGAUUGUGCAGUCAGUUCUGAUUGACUGUUCAUGGAAAGAUUGCAUGUUUCUCUUUGAAACCAUAACUGAUUCUUAUGGUGAAUUUACAUUGUAUCCAGUGUGUCUGUGUGUGAGGACACUAAAAACUGUUAUAACAAUACUAUACACACUGUAGAAAUGUUUUAUGACAAAAAUUGUCAUAGUUUAUGAUGUUUACAUUGUUAGUGUGUAUUUGUAUCAGGAUACUGUACACAUUGUAAAACAAAAUUGUAU